AUGAAGGAGGAUGGGAGUUUGAAGUCGAGCCUGGAAAGUUAUCUGGCGUUCGCAGAAGGUGAAUUUGCCUCUGAGAGGAACAGCAUUGCUCAGAAACGGCGUAUGAUGGUGCUGCAUGGUUUGAUCCUUGAGGUGUUUCGAACAAAGUUAUCUAAAUUAGGAAACGAGCCUGAACUUUUGGCUGUUGUCGAAGGCUUAUGCAAAAUUAAACGUCAUUCGAAUACACGCCGUCAGGAUUCGCCGCUGGAUCACCAUCUAAUUACAAAGCUCAGAACCUAUGCGGUGCAAGAGAAGGCACAUCAUUUAGAAAGUGUUGUUCAGGAACUGAUGGCCAAUGUUACGGUAACACAUUCAUUAGAAGACCAGCAACAGGUCUGUGAAGAGGUGAUAUUUCCAGAGAUUGAAGCAUUGGAUUCCUUUGAGGGAAGGCAACAAGUCUGCCAAGCGCCUCCAAUGAUCCCUGAACUAAAGCGAGUAAUUGACGAGCUGACUGUUGUCGAUACAGAAAAAGAACCGAAGGUUGAUAGUAGCGCCGGUGCCUGUAGUAGAAAUGACAGUUGCUUAUGCGUAGUAUCUUACAAAUUGAAAAGGAACGACGGUGUUCUAACGAACUGUAUGGAUUUUUCUCCAGACUUCCGGUACCUAUGCUGCGGCUACGACGACUGCAGUCUUAACCUGUGGCAUUUGUCACCUACGACUCAGAAUCCUGUCUCCAUCCAGCAAGAUCCGCCAUACAAAUUAUUUCGUAUCCACGGUGGACCGCUGUUCGAUGUUAAGUUUCUGAAUGGUAGUGAAAGUGGGCUGCUAUCCGCAUCGACCGACACCUUCGUCCGUCUGCUGGACUUUCGUCGAGGU